UCAUAUUGGAGAUGUAAAAUGUCAUUUAAAAAAUACGGAAGUACGUUUUAUCAGCAUGGAAAGGCGCAUGAGGAUGAUAUAGUUAUCUUUACAGGUAACCCUGUAACCCUGUAUUACAACUGUAACCCUGUAUCAACUUUGGGAUUUCUUAAGAUUUGGAUUACAAUAUUUCUACUGACCACCAACAUGCUGAGUGAGGUAGAGGCCAAAGAGCUGCUGUCCUUCCUCACACUGGACACCAGGCCAGACGUCAAGGGCCAGGCUACUGAGUACAUCCUGGGUCUCUCUGGCAACAGGGACGGCUGUCGCUACCUACAGACAAAACCUGACUUCCUUAAAGCCUUGGUGACCCUCACUACCGACCCCUCCAUCGCUAUCGUCAAAGACUGUUACCACUCUCUCAUCAACCUCUCGGCUGAUGAGACCAUGCACCAACCGCUGAUCAAAGACUCGGACUUCCUCCCUAUGUUGUUUAAAAACCUCCUGGACCCAGAAUUUAUGUUUGCGGACCGUAUCUGUACGAUCCUCACUAACCUGUCGCGGCACGUGAAGACUUGUAAAGAGGUGUUUAAGGCUAUGCAGAAGCAGGAGAUAGGUUUGGCACAGAUAGUGGACAUCUUCUGCACUGAGGGCUACAACAAGCAGACAUCGCUCCAUUACCUGGGCCCCCUCCUCUCCAACCUCACACAGCUGCCCGAGACCAGACACUUUAUCCUGGAUAAGGAGAGGUGUGUAGUUCAGAGGCUCCUUCCCUACACCCAAUACCAGGCCUCAACGAUCAGACGAGGGGGAGUCAUUGGCACUCUGAGAAAUUGUUGCUUUGAUCAUGCUCAUCAUGAGUGGUUGCUGAGUGAUGCGGUGGACAUUCUGCCUUUCCUGUUGCUGCCUCUCGCUGGGCCUGAGGAACUGUCUGACGAGGAGAAUGAAGGGUUACCUGUCGACCUCCAGUACUUACCAGAGGACAAGGAAAGAGAGGAGGAUCCCGACAUUCGCAAGAUGCUCAUUGAGACCAUGAUACUGUUGACAGCUACCAAAGUAGGUAGGCAGAUUCUGAAGGCCAAGAAUGUCUAUGCCAUCAUGAGGGAGUUCCACAACUGGGAAAAGGAGCCUCACGUGGCCGCUGCUUGUGAGAAGCUCAUACAGGUGCUGAUCGGGGACGAGCCAGAGCCAGACAUGGAGAACCUGUUGGAGGUGGAGAUUCCUGAGGACGUGGAGGUGAAGCUCAAAGACAUGGAUGCCAAGGAGCAGGAGCAGUUGGAGAAGGACCAGGAAGAUCUGUUAAAUCCAGACCAGUCCCAGCAGUGUGCUGGCAUAGUGAGGAUGAUGUAGCAAGGUGGUCUUUUCUACAUUUAAACUGGUCAACCAUCUUAUGAACAAUGGAACCAACUGCUAACUCAAAUUUAACAGAAAAUGAUUGACAUCACGAUAACAAACGGCAUGAAAUCAGGACUCGGAAGGACUGUGUGCAAUCUGAAACUUUCACACCAUGUAAUUUCGCACCACAAAGUCUUAAAUCGAUGAAAAUAAUGUAAUUUUAUUUUUAACGAAAGGA